GGGGCGUGUUGUGGUGUUGCCGCCGCCGCCGACGAGAGCGGCCUGGGGGAAGGAGAAAAGAGAAUCACUCUGAUGGGCAGCUGAUACUUGGUGAAAGCCUUAUGCCCUGAAGCAUGAAGAGAUUAUGUGAGCUGCUGCAUUAGUCUUCUAACAUCUUGCACUGAGUACUCAUGGUAUGUCUGAAGGACAGAUCUCCUGUGUGUUCUGAAUGUACCAGGUUGUCCUCAUGAGUACUCCAGUGGAGAAUGUCCAUGAUCUUCUUUGCCUGUGUGGUGCGGGUGAGGGAUGGACUUCCCCUCUCAGCCUCCACAGAUUUUCAUUUCAACCAGGACUUUCUGGAGUGCAGAAAGAGAUUAAAGGCUUUGUCCUCAAUUCUGGCGCAGUAUCCAAGUCGAGGCACGGCAAAAGGACGUGACCUUAGCAUACAUUUCCUUUCUUCUGGGGAUAUUGCCUGCAUGGCAAUCUGUUCCAGCAAUUACUCAACCAUCAUGGCGUUUUGCUUCUUGGAAGAGCUUCAGUGGGAAUUUGCUGCUUCCUACGAUACAACAAGCAUCAGUUUAGCUUCCAGACCAUAUGCUUUUCUUGAAUUUGAUAAUGUUAUUCAGAAAGUGAAAUGCCAUUUUAACUGUGCAAGUGGCUCUCAAAUGAAGGCCAACUGGGAGAAGAUUGAGGAGGAGCUGAAGUUCCGGCCCCCGGUUCAGCUGAAACUGGAGGAUACAGAGCUGAUGAAUGGGAUAACAAAUGGUGGGCAUGCAGGUGUUCAUGUGGAGGUUGUCCCUACUUACAGAAUGCAGCGUGUGACUCCCCUGGGGAUUCUAUCCCUUGUUCUGAACAUCAUGUGUGGAGCUUUGAAUCUCAUUCGAGGAGUUCAUCUAGCAGAGUAUUCAUUUCAGGAGGACCAUGAAGGAAUUGGAAAUGUGAUAGCUUUUUUUCUACCUUUUCUAGCCUGUGUUUUUCAGGGGAAAUUGGACUGGCGUGAAGAAGAAACUGGACCUACCUCACCGCAAGCCUACACAUACCAGCACGCUGGAGAGGGCAGCAUGGAGACGUAAAGGAUAAAUGGAAGAAAAGGAGGCAGGGAAGAGCAGGAACCAGGAGAAGUGGAACUGCAGGCUAGAUUGCACCCUGGUUACAUCUGCUCCAACGUCAUCCUAAUCUCCAGGGUGCUCCCCAGGGCACAUGGAGGGAGAGGUGACACUGGGUGCUUCUUCCUGGAGAAAUCUGUGCGUUGGCAAGAGGAGGUGACACAGCUCAGUGCCGAGGCUGGGCCAGGUAAACAGGAUGGAUUUUGCCCAGCUUAAUCCCACAGUAAAUUUGCUGCUGUUGAGGGGUGGAGGGGAGCUGCCUGGCUGGGGAGAAGAGUCGUGUUGGUAUCUACCUGAAGUUACCUAUGUCUGAUAUCACUGUGUGGUCAGGAAUAGAAUUCUUUCCCAGCUAAAAAUACUAGGCUUUUUCAACAAUUUCUUCCCCUAUAGUUUGGUGGUUUUUUUUUUUUUUAAAUCUCUUAUGGAUCACUGCAUGGCGAGUGACCGGCUGUCGUGCACCAUGUCUUCACUGGCAAAGAGAGGGGCAGUUCUCAGAUGGUACCAGGUACCAUCCUCCUGCCAAGGGGAUAGCUGCAGUUUUAAUGCUUGUUAGACAAAUCCCUGAACUCCCAACUGUGCUCAUGCACCGUAUGGAUUAUACAGGUUUACCUGCAAGCAGCUUGCUUGGAAACCACCUGCCAGCUUGCUUUGAAAGGAUCGUGACCAUAAUUGGGGAUUGCUGGCUGGAGCAAUGGCAAGUCAGGCAAUAGCAGAGAUGUUGCUCCUGCCUGGAUGAGGAACAAUGAAGGUGCCUGAGCUCCCUAUAGGAAUUAUUCCUAUUGGGAACAGCCAUGGGAGGCUCUCUGUGAGCCACUGUACCACCCGACAUCCUCUGCAGUGGCUUGGACACAAGCGCUGAACCAAACUCCUGGGUCACCGACCAAACAUGACCAUUUUCUAUCGUGACACAGCUCAGACAGCUCCCAGCUGUUUGCUCACCCUUGUUUAACCAGGAACAAUAAAACCCAUAAUUGCCAGUUGAUGUCUAAACAAGAAUUCAGCUCUGGAAGGGAAUUCGCUACAAACUGGAAUGAAAGCCGUGCACGCUGCCACUUCCCAAAGGCAUUUUGGAGGGAUAUGCCUGGAUAGGCACCUCCACUCUGCAGAGGAAUAAGUUAGCUGGAGGGCUGCCAAGCAAGCCCCCACCUUUGCCACUGUUUGGAAACUGGAUUCUCCACCAUUAGAGGCUGAUUUUAACCUCUUCUGCAUUGGCAGAUCCUUCUCUGCACCUCUACUUGCUGCUGCUGAGAUGGGACCUAAAAUACUGAGUCCAGCUUGGGCUCUCUAGUCCAAAAGAUGUGGAGAAACUGGAGAGGAUCUGGUGAAAGGACAUCAUGGUGGCCAGGGGCAAAAGCCUGUGAUCUACAAGGACAGGUCAGGGAGCUGAGUUUGUUUAGUCUUGAGAAGAGUCUGAGGGACAAUCUGAUGGCAGCCUACAACAACCCUUGGGAAAACUGCGGAGAUACAGAUCUAAACUCUUCUUAGUAGCAGAAAGUUUACAUGGAGCAACUUGUUGCAGCUUGAGAGGUUCAGGUUGGACACUAGAUAAAAAUCCCACUGGGAGGGAGGUGCAGCUCUGGAAGAGGUCACAUAGGUUGGGGUUUCUCCAUCCCCAGGGGCUCUCACAUCUUGGCUGGGCAAAGCCAUAACUGACGUGAACUACUGUUGGUUUCAGUCCUGCCUCGAGUAGAAGGUUGGACUAGAUGUCCCUUCCAACCACCAUCUGUGUGAUUUUAUGACCCUAGGACAUGCUGUGGUUUAGGGUUCUGGAUGCUGCUUGGCUGCUUCACAAAGGUUAGCUAGUUUGCAUAAUAUUAAAAAAAGUCCCAGCCAACAACCCUAAAUCAAAUUGACCUCCCUGAAGGUGCUCUCACUCUAAAUCAAACAUUAAUGUAAUUUAGAAAGAGCAGGAAGGCUUCACAGAGUAAUUUGAGGACAUUGUUAUCAUGUAACAUGGGCAUCAUCUGGCUGUUCUGUGGCUGUGAAACAUAUGACCUUAUGCAUGCAGAACAGCCGGCGUUAACGGCAGCGGGGAGCGAUUUAACCUUGUGUUGGAAUGGUGCUGACUUGUAGCAUGUCAGAUUUAUGACUUACGAUACGAUCUGAGGGGAUUGCUUUUGCUUUAAUGGUCUUGCUUCCUGUUUAGAAAGGUGACCUUAGGGCCUGCUGGUAAUGAAGCUGCAUAAUUACACAUAGAUUGUUAUUUAAACUUGCCUCAACUAUUUAGAAAAAAAAAAAACCAACACUUUUUUUUUUCCUGGGUGUUGUCCCUACAUUAAUUUCCCUGAUUAUCAGGAAUCUGACUUGACGAACUUCCAAUUUACAUGUUUAUAGUAUGUCUCUGGGAGGGUUACAAUAACCUGGGCAACACCAGUGCCUUCCCCAAGUGGGAUUCAAGGUUGUUGUGGUUUAUGCACGGGAGAAACGUGGUGGUGUUCCUAUGCCCCGAGGUAAUUAUUUUUCUCUGAUGGUUGAGACACAUCAGCCUCCAAAAAAGACCCAAACGUGCUUUGUACCAGAGACCUAAGUGACUCUCUGGGUGUGUAAGGGUACGACACACAACUGGAAGCACUGGCCUCCCCUGGAUGCUAUCAGCGCUACCUUCAUCCCUACUCUUGGGAGCUCUUACUCUCCGGAGGACUUCUAGGUAUUAAUUGUGACAGCAAAGAGCGAGCCUCUGUCUUCUUGAAUAAAGGUGGCCUGUGUGGUGGGGACUGUGUUGCUUAGUCUCAGUUUUAUCGGGAGACUUAUCGUCCGAGCUAAGAGGACGGUGCUCACCUCGGUGCCUCGCGUUGGCACUUCUCCCAGCCACGAGUCAAUGCAGCUGCCUUCUCCCUCUGUCCGCGGAACGCUUGCGCAGCCCCGAGCCACCACCAGCAACUCCUGCUUCGUUAUAAUAUUACUGACACCGCGUGACUAAGUGAUUUCGGGUUAUUCUUUAAACCCUGGUGCUUCCCAGCUUGUGCUGAGUCUUGGUCGCCUGCUGCUGUGCUGGUUGGUGCUUGACAAACAACCAUGUAGAUCUUCACCUCUUUUCAUUACCUAGGAGGCGAGCGAGUCAGAUUAGUACAGAAACGAGGUUUUGAUUUGAUUUGAUUUUUCUGGUCAUUUGAAAGCUCAAUGAAUUGUUUCUGUUUGCUGGCACAUUACUGAGCUGAUCUGAUGGCAGGGAAUGAUGCUUAUUAAAGAGGUGACCCAUAAACACAGGAAUAUGUGUUGAUCAUAAUGCCUGUUGGGUUUAAUUUGGACAACCCUUAGUUCUUUAUCACUCUUCCCUCUGAUAAAUAUUUUGGAAUGUGUCAGGACAAAGCACAAUAUUUUUGCUGGAUAUUUUAUUCAGUAAAAAAAACAGGAGAUUUUAUAAUAUGAACUGAACUCUUUCUGUUGUUUUAGUCACAAACAGAAAAAUCCAAACUUAAUUUUUUUAAAAAACUUGAAAUGCCGCAGCUUUCAUUCAAACUGAUACUUCACUGUCAGCUACAAUCUCAAUAAAAGUCAAAAGGUAAACAUCCUGAACAUGAAAUAUUUUGUUAAACUCAAGACAGAUUUUGUCCUGGAAGGCCUAGAAACAGCAACAGUAAUGAUCACAGCAGUAAGCUGUGAUCAAAGAGUUUGAUCACAUAAAGAUUUUAAAGUCAGGGGUAUAACUGGUCUCAACCCCUGUUUUGACAGUCUCAAGCAGUUAAAAUUCAGUGUCCAGUCUUGUUUGGACCCCAUUGUCUUUUAAGAUCGGUUUAAAAAUUGAAAUACUUAAUAAAUUAAUGGUUGCAACUAAAGUCAUCCAUUGUUGGCUGGUCAGCUGAAUAGUACGCAAAUCCUUUGAUGUACUGAGUAAUUAUGGGCUUCGGUUGGUUAAUCAUGGUACCUAGUGUGGCUUCAGACACACUUGGGUAUGGGGGCAAAAAAGGAAAAGGGCUUGGAGAACAUCUUUGACCCAGGCUAAUAAGCAGCUCUUCCCCCUGGAUCAUAUCUGUCCAUCUGUCACUGCCUGGGAAGAAAAUCAAUCCUUUUUGUAGCAAUGAGCAUAUUCAAUAACGGAAAAGGUCAUGGCAUUAUAAACAAUGUGGUGAUGCUUUAAAUGAGUGAUGGGCUACGGCUUCGCCUUUUAAAACCUGCAUGUUUGUAUUUCAAUUUGUCGUCAGCAGCUAAGGCAUCUCUUGGAAACCCACCUGCCUCAGCGUGUUGUGCUGUCCAGGAAACCUCCGGUGCAAGGACUCCCUUCCCAUUGGAGUCCAUUCUAUUUAUUCACAUCCAGAACAGUCUUGGGCAGGUGGGACUGAUUUUCUAGCUAGCAGAAUAUUGUCUGUUAUUUGCAAUAGAACAGGCGUUAACGUAUGUCAUUGGCAGAAGCAGAUUCUCAAGGGACAUCUUCUCUGAGAGUCUUGGCACCAUUAUGGGCACAAGAUAGAUGGCCACAGUGUUUGGAAAAAUAAAAAUAUAUGUUCUUUUUGUGAGGGCUGUAAGGUCUCCAGAUUUUCUGGCAAUGCGGAUCACAUUAGGACCAAAGAUUACUAAAUCGGGGGUUUAUUUCUACUUUGGUUCAUGUAGGCACAUCAGAGGUAGGGUAUAACCUAGCUAGCUUAGUGCUGUGGUGGCGUUGAACUGAAGGCUGCUGCAGGAUUUUCUUGGUUAUUUGGGAAGUAAGGUCAAGGUCAACUCUAUAUUGAGUUCCAAACCUGAGUUCCACACCAGCUGGCUGGGGAGCAGCUCUGUAGAAAAGGACCCGUUUAUUUUAGCGGACAAGUUGAACAUGCAUCAGCAAUGACGAAGGCCAACAGCAUCCUGGGCUGUACUGGUGAGAGUGUAGCCAGCAGAUGAAGAGAAGGGAUGGUUCCCUUCCAGCUGGCAUUCGUGAGACUGCAUCUGGAGCGCUGCGUUCGAUUUUGGACAUCCCAGUAAAGAAAGACAUCAACACACUGAAGCGAGUCCAGUUGAGACAAGAUGAUUAUGGGGCUGGAGCUCAUGGCAUAGAAGGAGAAGCUGAGGGAACUGGGUUUGUUCAGCCUGAAUAAGGGGUUGCUAAGGGGAAUGUAAUUGCUGUAUUCAACUAGUUAAUGAGUGGUUAUGGAGAAGACAAAGCCGUAUUCUUAUUGGAGAUGGCCAGCAAAAGGAUGAGAAGCAACAAACAGAAGUUGCAACAGGGGAAAUUCCAACAAUAUAUAAGGAAAUAUUUUUCACCAUGAGAGCGUUCAAACACUGCAACAGGGAUCUGGAGAAGCUGUGUAAUGUCCAUCCUUGCAGAUACUCAAAACUGGACUGGACAAGGCUGGGCAUCCUGGUAAAUAUUGAAGCUGGCCCUGCAUUGAGUGGGGGAGUUGGGCUAGAGACGUCCUGCGAUUCCUUCAAACUAAAUUGUUCUAUUAUUUUGGUAACUCUACUUUACAGUAACAAAAAUGUAAACCUACUUUAUGACAGAGUCAAGACUGAAUAUGGGGGAAUAGAGGCAAAAAAUGGGAGCUGUGGUGUGAUGGAUGCAGAGAUUUGUGCACAACUGAAAGACGAAAGAGCUGUCUAGAGUCCCUGAGAGCAAUUGCUUAGAUGGCUAUGAAUGGCUCAAUAAAAAGGAUCUCAGCUGUGAAACUGUGACAUUAUACAAGGUUACAAACAAAGGGAAAUGGGCAAGCCAGGCAAGUCCCAAAGAUUUUAAUUGGCCUGUGGGUGCUGAAUGCAACAGACUGGCUUUAGAAGCAGCAGUAACUUUGGAGUACAAAACAUUUACACCAAGGAUCAGUGAGCGCUGUUUAUGAUGGCAUUUGAGAGCUCGCUAAAGGGUCACAGAGAUGAGGGAAAUUAUCGCAGGUCCCACAUAGCCUUUGGCUGGUGGGAGCGUUCACCACUCUUUGCACCAGUAGAAAAGAACAGAGGAUUUAAGUGUAGUGAAGAUGGGAGGAAAGCUGAAACCUGAGGAACACCAAAAGAGGACCUGGAGUCUGUAUGUUUAUUGAGGAACCUGAGCAGCAGGAUUAAUUUCAGAGCACCUUUGAGAAUUCAGCCCCUUUCUUUAGGUACAUAGGUUACAUUUGUGGACAGAUUUCUAAGACUUAUCUUACUGAACCCAGCUUACAACAUUACUCAAUUUGAUAAUGUUUUUCCAAUUUGAAGACUUAAAGGGUUCCCAUUUCAGGGUGACCAAUCUAGGUCUCAAAGGAGAGUCCCAUAAGCCAAAGAGAUUGACAGCCUUUGACACAUUUGUGGAGCUGAAAGGACCUGUGUUCAAUUCCUGCUCUAAGGAUUGCCUAUGUGACUCCGGGCAGGUCACUUAGGGCUGUGCUCAGGCUCCGUCAGACGGGCACAGAAAUCAGUCGUUGUGGCUAGCAGUGUGUCUGAGCUCAAGAAAGCGAAUUGGAGCAUCUGCUCUCCAGGCUCAGCUCCCCUUGAGACCCAUAGAUCCGACACCAAUGUGAGGCUCUUGUCGUCUACACAAAGGAUACAGGGAUUUCUCACUUUCUCUGUGUCUUGCUUCCUCCUAUGUAAAACAGCUGCAGAACUUUUUCAUUGGGUUAUUCUCUGUCAAAGAAGAGUUCAGUGGGAACAUGCCUGUUCUGAUGAAAUUUCACUCAAAAACACCAGACAGAGCAUUUUGAAGCUUCUAGUUGGCCAAUAAAAGAAAAGUGAAGUUGAAGUCUUAAUACAACAUUCCCUUUUAUUGCUGUGGGAACAUUUGAACGACCCUGAGUAGGAUUUAUUUAAAAAACAAAACAAAACACCUUA